AAGGAAUCAUAUUCUCUCUCCUCAAGCAACAUAACAUAAGCUUCUCCCUCCCUUAAAAAAACAAUCGGUACUCUAUUUUAAUCCCUCCAAGAUGGUCAAAGUCUUCGUCGCUGGUGCUACGGGUAAACAAGGUGGUGCAGCCACUCGCUCCCUUCUUGCUCAGGGUCAUGAGGUUCAUGCUUAUGUUCGUGACAUUACUUCAUCCAAUGCGCGGACAUUGGAACAGGCCGGGGCCAAGCUUUUCGCAGGUGACUGGGACACUCUUCCAUCGCUGAAGACCGCUAUGAAAGGAUGUGACGCCGUCUUCUUUCCCCCUGUGAUAUCCUGGACCGAUCUCAAAGCCGAGGAACGAUGGAACGCCAACAUUCUGGGAGCUGCGGAGGACAGUGGCACGGUUAAGCACGUGGUUUACAGCACAGUCAGUAUUCUCGCCGUCUUCGAUCAAAUCCAAAAGAUUGAGGGCUGGGACGAAAUCCCUAUGACCGCACAUUUUUUCAACUCUAAAGUUGCCGGAGAAUCAGCUGUCAGGAAGUGGGCGCAGGCGGAUGAAUCUCUGGUAUAUUCGAUCCUGCGCCCCAGCGGUUUCAUGACCAAUUAUGUCACACCGUGGGCAUCGCUCCUGGUUCCUGACCUGAUCAAACAGGGAGUCUGGCACACAUCACUCCCGACAGAAUUCCCUUUGGGACUAAUCGAUCCUGAGGACAUUGGGCGUGUCGUCGCUCAGGUAAUUGAGAACCCUAGUUCAUGGAAAGGGAGCGAGGUUGAAGUCAAUGCCGAAAACCUCUCCGUGGGGACAUUGGUCGAAUACCUGAGUGAGGCGAGUGGAAGGUCGCUGAAGGCCCAAAACUAUACCAAAGAAGAAGUAGAGAAGCUUGCAAAAGUGCAUCCAGUCGUCAACUUUGAACAAUUGAGGCUCAAGGUGACGCCAAAGGAAGGGUUCAACGUAACCGACUGGAAAGUUGCUUUUCGCUUCAAUACGUUUAAGCAAUUCUUGGAAGACAACCGAGACUUGGUCGCCGAGACCUAUAAGAACGUGCAUGAGCAAGCUUAAGAGUCCGUCUCUGGAUACAGCUUAUCACCCAAAUAAAAGUACGGGAUUGGUCCAUAUAUUUUCGGCACAAAUUGGUAAAUGACAAAAAACUGGACAUUGAGAAGCCUCAUACAAAUUGGCACAUAGCUUCAAGUUAAGAAAUGAUGUAACACGUUAAAUAUUAGAACUACUACAGCAGUGAGGGUUCAAAGGAGUGGCAAAACUGUAAUGACGACGACCAUCUUGGACGAGACUGGGGGUCUUUUGCAUGCCGCUAUCUAGUCCGCAACUAAACUUUUCUAAAACCUUGCACCUCUGCAU